UGGCGUUCAGGCGUUAAUGUACUUAAAAAGAAUUCGGUACGCUUGGCUGAAGUCUGGUUGGAUGAUUAUGCAAAAUAUUAUUAUCAACGGAUAGGCAAUGACAAAGGUGAUUAUGGUGAUGUCACGUCGCGAAAAGAAUUACGAGAACGUUUGGGUUGCAAAAGUUUUAAAUGGUAUCUGGACAAUGUCUAUCCAGAACUUUUCAUACCCGGUGAAUCGGUAGCCUAUGGCGAGAUUGCCAAUAUCGAAACUGAUAUGUGUCUCGAUUCAGCCGCCAAACCGGACGACAUGCAAGGUGCCGUUGAUCCUUAUAAAUGUCACGGUCAGGGUGGAAAUCAG